GCCGGCCACGCCUCCUGUAUAAAGGCGCACGCGCAGCCGCUCAUGUGGAGAUCGCGCAGCUGCUGAGGAGCGCUUCUGUCGAGCUGAAGAUCAGCGAGGUUUGCGUCGAGCAGCAGCGGGAGAAACGCGAGUGUGCGGAUCUGCUGAUGAGCUCCAGCUGAGCGUGUGUAGUGUGUGCCGUGAUGACUGACGUGAUGAUCAGCGCCACACCGAUGGACGACAUGAGGCUCAGUCCCAGCAAAGACCGCCUGACCUUCCAGAUCUUUCCGGAUCCCUCGGACUUCGAGCGCUGCUGUAAGCUGAAGGACCGUCUGCCUUCUAUCGUGGUGGAGCCGACGGAGGGCGAGGUGGAGAGCGGGGAGCUGCGCUGGCCUCCCGAGGAGUUCCUGGUGAGCGAGGAGGACGAGGACGAGGAAGAGUGCGACGGAAACCUGCAGAACGGACAGAUGCAGAACUCUCAGCGCUAGAGAGACUGACAUGAGUCGCACAUAGAAUAGACAAUCACACCAACACAUACAGAACAACUGAUCCACUGACAUCCGUUCGCUCGUACAUCAUUCCCACCUGUGUGUGUGUCAAAAGAUUAUUCAUAACGAUGAUGGUGUGAGUCUGUCCUGCACUCAUUCCUGUAAUUUACAUGCUUUUCUGAGUAACACCGAUCUUCCUGACCAUUUGCCAUUAGUGUUGUUUGUGUAUUUUACUGUAAAUAUUCUGUAGAUGAAUGACAGGUAAGACGUCUUUAGUGUAUCAGUCUGAUCACUCCUGAAAUCUGUGAGAACUGCAGCCGUCUUCCUGAAUUUGUUGUAUUCACAGCAGAACUGACCGUGUCUCGUGUUCUUAUGGAUCCUGUGUGUUUGUGUCUGUAUGUAUGUAUAUAUAUAUAUAUAUAUAUACACGCAUACAUAUGUAGAUGUCAGUGUUUGUGUUGCGGGUCUGUCACAGAAUCACUUCCUGUCUGUGCAGAGCGUCUGCUCAUCUGUAAAGACUCAGGGAGUUUGCUCUUAUUUUGUAUGUACACCGCUUCCUCUCUGACUGACAGAGACUGUAAAUAAACCAUUUGAAAGUGCUUUACAAAA